GUGCGGACUGUGCCUGCGAAGCCUAAUGUUAUCUUCAUGAUAUCAAGACCAAAGCAGGCGUCACAGUAUGGACUAUCGAAUUGUUCAAGGAUACUUUGUAUGAAGAAAUUAAGAAUGAAGUCCAUAUUAAUUUUAUGUGGUGGUGUCAUUGGUGUUUUAGUAUGGUUCAUCAGGUUUUCCAACUCUACAAAAACAGACUUUACGAGGCUCCUCAAUGGAACAGGACAUAGUGAAAUCUAUGAAGAAAUCACUGCCCUGAAGGAACGUAUCAGUCAGCUGGAAAAACAAAAUAAGAUUUACCCAGAUGUGAAGUUCCUGAAUUAUAAAGACAGGAAAAGGAUCUUGAUCUCAGGAGGUGCUGGUUUUGUGGGAUCUCACCUUGUGGACAGGUUAAUGUUAGAAGGUCAUGAGGUCACCGUGGUCGACAACUUCUUCACUGGAAGGAAACGAAAUGUGGAACACUGGAUCGGGCAUGAAAACUUCGAGUUAAUCAACCAUGACAUUGUACAAACACUCUUUAUAGAAGUGGACCAGAUUUAUCAUCUUGCUUCCCCAGCCUCUCCUCCUAACUACAUGUACAACCCAGUAAAGACUAUCAAAACAAAUACCAUAGGAACCAACAACAUGUUGGGCUUAACUAAGAGGGUGAGAGGAAGGCUCCUAUUGGCCUCAACAUCUGAAGUAUACGGUGACCCUGAAGUUCACCCACAACCUGAGGAAUACUGGGGACAUGUGAACCCAAUUGGUCCUAGAGCCUGCUAUGACGAGGGAAAGAGAGUGGCUGAAACCAUGUGUUAUGCCUAUGCUAAACAGGAUGGAGUACAAGUAAGGGUGGCCAGAAUUUUUAAUACUUUUGGUCCCAGAAUGCACAUGAAUGAUGGCCGAGUGGUCAGUAACUUCAUUCUGCAGGCUUUACAGGGACAGAAUAUUACUGUGUAUGGAUCAGGAAAACAGACUCGAUCUUUCCAGUAUGUUUCUGACCUGGUCGAUGGUCUUAUUAAGCUGAUGAAUUCUAAUUACUCCCAACCAAUCAACUUAGGAAAUCCUGAGGAACACACCAUCGUGGAUUUUGCUACAAUUAUCAAAGAUUUAGUUGGUGGAUCCAGCCAGAUUGUAUAUAAACCUGCUAUGCAAGAUGACCCGAGGAAAAGAAAACCUGACAUAACCAAAGCAAAGAAGUAUCUGAAAUGGUCACCCCAGGUGCCAAUGAUUGAAGGAAUAAAGAAAACAAUAGAAUAUUUUAGAAAUGAAUUAAAGAGAACACGCCACAGUGAAAGAAAUUUACAUUUUCCGAAUUAAAAUACAUGUAUAGUACUGUAUCAAUAAGGCAGAAAUAUUUUAGAGAGCACAUCUUAGAAAGAAGAACCGGUUAUUUAUGUUUCUGUAUAUCAUAUGCUAAGACAUUAAAUUCUUUUCAGCUCUGCUCAACUGAAAAUUAUAUGAAAUUGUGUUAAUAUAUUUAAUUGUGAUGCAUCUUUGUUAUACAUUCCAUCUUUUAUGUAUUUUAUCAUGUUCAAUUGAUUAAGAACAUUUUUUUUUCAUAUUGUAUAUGUAUUUUUAUCAGUUUACUACUCUGCUAAUUAAUAAUGGACUGGAUGUGCAUGUAUCUAAUGUCUCAAAGUUCAGCCCUGUGGAGUUUUAUUAGCCUUUUUCUUUAAAUACAAAAAAGUUCUUACGGUACAUGUACUUGGAUUAAAAUGUACAAAAUAUUGAAUAUUUGCAUACAUAAUGUGGUAUAUUUUCCGUUUAUUAAAGUUUACACGUUAUAUAAUUUGCUGUUGCUUUUUUGACACUG